AUGGCAGACUCCACUGCAGACCCUCCGACGGUACCACCACCAUCACCGCCCCUCUCCGACGGCGACACAGACAUCCCACUCACGACCCUCUUCGAGCCCAACGAGGAAUGCAUCUGCGACUUCGGCGACAUCAUCAUCAACGCCGACGACGGCUUCCAUCCACCACAGAAGCUUCGAGUCAGCUCGUGCAUCCUCGCCAUGAGCUCCAAGGUCUUCAAGGCGCUGUUUAGCAGGAAGUUCGCGGAGGGACAGGCGGGCGCGGGGAGGAGUUCGGAGAGGCCGCAUGAGAUUGUUGUGAAGGAUUCGCCGAUACCGUUGAGGAACUUGUGUUUGCUGCUGCAUCAUGGAAUCCCGGUCGAGGACGACCAAGAUUACAUGCCGCCUGCAUCUCUUCUCGAACUGGGCUUGAUGGCCGAUAAGUACGACGUCGUCGGAGCUAUCAGACUACCGGUCUGCACGUUGAUCAACGAUACUGGUGGCAAGAUCGAUAUGGACGACGCUGGCGAGUUGAAUCGCCUGGUCGCUGCGACGGUUCUGCUUGACCAGGCGGCCGCGUUCCGCUACUUCACCCAACAGCUGGUGUUGAGGAGACCUACCAUCCAAGCCGGACAGUUCGGCAGGAAGUGUCUGGACCACUUCCCACCCAAGCUUCUUGGCUCCCUUUUCUGUCAACAGAGUAUUGCUCGGCAGGAGUUCACGGCGCAGGUCACGGCGCUGAUCGAUCAGUUCAGCAAAGCCAGCGAAGUGGCCGACUCUGAGUCGGAUGUGCAGAAGCUGUUAGAGCACCUCAACAAGCUGGAUCUCAUGCCACUCAAGUUCAGAGACCACAGUUUGCAAGAGCUACUCGACCAGCUCGGCGGUGUGCGCAUCCCCUUGAUGUCCACAAGGGAAACAGUCACUAGGGCGAAACCAUGCAAAGGAGCCAUUGUGUACAGAGAAAUCUCGCACGCUCUUAGUCCUUUCGGAGAUCAUUGGGGAGAGUCUCGACGACGAAUGAGACAGGGCAGUACCGGAUCUCUUCACAGCUACACUACCGAAUAUGAGGAUGUCCAGAUCAACGCCCCGACGCACAUCACCAUCGCAAGCAGCGUCGAGAAGAUCAAGGAGAUGUGUGUCGGCAUCUGUUUGGACUGCAUCCAGGAUAAGCGGUGUCGUUUGCGACACACCCACUAUUGGUUGGACAAGGGCGAGUUCGAAGGCGUUAAGAUCAACGAGGAGAAUUGGGGCGAAGUCGAGAGCAAAAUUGACAUAGUCAAUGAGGCCGAUUUCCCGGGCUAUUGGGACGAGGCGUGGUAG